CUCACUCAUUUCUUCUACUCAUGUUAACUAGUUUACAUUUCGAUUUCAUAAUUUGUAAAUACUAUUGAACUAAUUUUCAUGAUAUUUGUUUAACAAAAUGAAGUCUAGUGAUGCAAUCAACUAUGCUGCCAUUGUAAAACAAGAGGCUAAUGACAUGUGCUACGAUGAAAAAAAAUAUAGUGAAUCCACAGACCAAACAUCCGAUACAAAACAUUUGCAAUACCUCAGAUGUCUGCAAGAGAGUACCAAUCAUACUCUUGAAAAGCUCGAAGAUAUUCGUGAGUUUCAACCUAACCAAGAAAUUAAAAUAGAGUUUGAGUGCAAAGAUGUAAAACCCAUUGUGAAUUUAUUGGUAGCUGAUAAAAAGAACGAAGAAAUUCAAAAACUCAAAUCUAACCAAGAAAUUAAAAUAGAGUUUGAGUGCAAAGAUGUAAAACCAAAUUUAUUAGAACAUAACUUGAUUAAAAUAGAAAAAAAGGCCACCGAGAAGGAAGAGUUUCUCGGUGGAACUAUACAAAUUAAUGAUACACAUACUGACUGCCAAAUCAGGGGACAAAAUGCGAAAAUUGAUGCUUUAGUUGGUAAGAGUAAAAAAUCAAUUGAAUGUAAAACAUGUUUGAAACAAUUUCUUACAAAAAUGAAUCUGAAAGAUCACAUUGAUUCAGAGCAUAAACGUGUCAAAUACCCAUGUUACAAUUGUGAAAAGGAAUUCGAAAGCAAAAGUUAUCUCAAAUUACAUAUUGAUUCAGUGCAUAGUGGUAAAAAACCUUACCAUUGCGAUACAUGUGAAAAGACAUUUACACAAAAAAGUAGUUUGAAUACCCAUAUUGAUUCGGUGCAUGAUUGUAUCAAACACCCAUGUACCAAUUGUGGAAAGACAUUCAAAAAUAAAGGUUAUCUCAAAUUGCAUAUUGAUUCGGUGCAUAGUGGUAUGAGGCACCCAUGCCACACGUGCGAAAAGACAUUUUCACUAAAGUCUAGUCUGAAAAUACAUAUUGAUACGGUGCAUAAGAGUAUUUCCUUCCCUUGUGAGAUUUGUGGAAAGUCAUUUAAAAGCAGAGGUUAUCUCAAAUUGCAUAUUCAUUCGGUGCAUGAUCGCAUCAAACACCCAUGCCAAACUUGUGGAAAAAUGUUUUCACAAAAUGGUUAUCUUAAAUUGCAUAUUGGUUCAGUGCAUAGUGGUCAAAAACCUUACAACUGCGAUGUAUGCGGAAAGACAUUUUUACAAAAGUCUAGUUUGAAAAUGCAUAUCGAUUCGUUGCACAAUGGAAUCAAUUACCCGUGUGGCACUUGUGGAAAAAUGUUCUCACAAAAUCGUUAUCUUAAAUUGCAUAUUGGUUCAGUGCAUAAUUGUAUCAAACACCCAUGUACCACUUGUGGAAAGACAUUCAAAAGUAAAGGUUAUCUCAAAUUGCAUAUUGAUUCAGUGCAUAAUUGUCAAAAACCUUACAACUGCGAUGUAUGUGGGAAGACAUUUACACAAAAGAGUCAUCUUAUUGUUCAUACUGAUUCAUCGCAUAAUAAUCGGAAACGUUACAACUGUGAUAUGUGCGGAAAGACAUUUGUAUUUAAAGCAUCUGUAAAACUCCAUAUCGAUUCGGUGCAUAAUCGUAUCAAAUACCCAUGCCACACUUGCGGAAAGAAAUUUUCACAAAAAGGUUAUCGUAAAAUCCAUAUUUAUUCAGUACAUAAACCUACUGCAUUUAUUUAGUUAUAUAAAAAUGCACAGUCAUGCGGU